AUGCUGUUCGAAAGCAGAUCCCUCGCCCUGGUCAUCGCCUGUCUAUGGGCCGGCGCCGCAGCCCAGCUCUCCGAUGAUGCAGCCGUGUUCUCGUCAGAUGCCGCGAAGCGGGCAUUCGAUCGGGAUCUGAUGAGUUUCGGCAAGCGGGCAGCACCGAUGGAUCGCGAGCUGAUGUCAUUUGGAAAGCGUAGUGCACCCGGGUUUGACCGCGAGAUGAUGGCGUUCGGGAAGCGGUCACCGAUGGACCGCGACCUCAUGGCCUUCGGUAAGCGAUCACCGAUGGACCGUGACCUGAUGUCAUUCGGGAAGCGGACACCGAUGAUGGAACGGGACCUGAUGGCAUUCGGCAAGCGGGCCGUUGACGAGCGAUGGAAGAAGGCCUUCGACCGUGAUCUGAUGUCGUUUGGUCGCAGA